AGCUGUGUGUGUGUGUAAUAUAACAACACACACAAAAAAGAAAAGAAAAAGAAAAAAGGAAAGAUUCUUCUCGUCGAACGAAGUCGCCGGACUCUAUGGAAGACUUCGGCCGUCAAAGAGCGUACGGAGACGGAGGGAUGCAGAUCCAGCCUUACAACGCUAACCAACCCGGAGAUUUCAGGAGCUACAGCGCUUCUUACGGGACGAGGGAGAACAGUAUCUACGAUCUCAAGAAGAAGGAGAAGUCGAUUGCUAGAUCCAAAUCUUGGGGUAUCACCGACCCUGAGCUCCUUAGGAAGAAGAGGGUCGCUAGCUAUAAGAUGUAUGGUGUUGAAGGCAAAGUCAAAGGCUCUUUUCGAAAAAGUUUCAGAUGGCUUAAGCAUAGGUACACUCAGGUCGUCUAUGGUUGGUGGUGAUCCUCCUAUUAUUUUUCCCUCUUUUUCUUAUUAUUUUACUUCAUCAGCUUUUUUGUUUGUUUUGGUUUUUUUUUUGAGUUUUGAUGUUCUCAAGUAAUUAUGAUUGUGUUCUGUUCUGUCUCUUCUUUCUCUCUUAUGUAUCUCUCUGUGUUGUGUGUUUUAAUCUUGGAUGUAACUGUGAUGGCAAAUUAUAUAUAUGAAUCAUUAGUUUCACUAAGUAA